AGGCCUGCGCGCCGGCGAUAUAAGCGCGGCGCGCGGCGGCGCCGGGAGACAGUGCGUCGACGGCCGCACGUCCCGCGGGUGAAAGUGCUGCUGGCAGCGGACAGGGUGGGAGAGAGGGGAGCCUCGCUCUGCGCAUGCGCCUCGCGCCGAGGUAUAUAACCAGCGGGACGCCCGGCGCUCCUUUCACUUGGUCCAGCAUGGCGGGCCGCACGACCACGUGGCUGCUGCUGCUGGCGUUGGGGCUAGCGCUGGCCGAGGCGGCGCGCCACAAGCGCCAGGACGACGAGGAGGGCAACGAGGAGCAGUCGGUGGACGAGCUGUGCGAGAACCGGCCGCCGGACGAGUACUUCCGGCUGAGCACGGAGGGCGACUGCAGGGACGUCGUGAGGUGCGACCAGGCCGGAGAGAAUGGCAUCACCCGCCUGGCGUCCGUGCGGUGCCCAAACGGCUUAGCCUUUGAUAUUGACCGCCAGACAUGUGACUGGAGGACAAAUGUUAAAAACUGUGAUAGGGUUGAGAAGCCGAGGAAGGUGCUGCCCAUCCUGAAAACCGACGUGCCGGUGUGCCCCGAAGGCAAGCUGUCCUGCGGCAACGGCGAGUGCAUAGAGAAGGAGCUGUUCUGCAACGACAAGCCCGACUGCAAGGACGAGUCCGAUGAGAAUGCUUGCACUGUGGAGACGGACCCCAACAGGGCCCCCGACUGCGACCCCACGCAGUGCGUGCUGCCCGACUGCUUCUGCUCGGCUGACGGCACUCGCAUCCCCAAGAGCCUCGAGGUCAACCAGGUGCCCCAGAUGGUGACGCUGACCUUCAACGGCGCCGUGAACGUGGACAACAUCGACCUGUACGAGGAGAUCUUCAACGGCGUGCGCCAGAACCCGAACGGCUGCCAGAUCCGCGGCACCUUCUUCGUGUCGCACAAGUACACCAACUACUCGGCCGUGCAGGACCUGCACCGGCGCGGACACGAGAUCGGCGUGUUCUCGCUCACGCACAAGGACGACCCCAACUACUGGAGCCAGGGCUCGUACGACGACUGGCUGGCCGAGAUGGCCGGCGGCAGGCUCAUCAUCGAGCGCUUCGCCAACAUCACUGACGGCUCCAUCAUCGGCAUGCGCGCGCCAUACCUGCGCGUGGGCGGCAACAAGCAGUUCGAGAUGAUGGCGGACCAGUUCUUCGUGUACGACGCCUCCAUCACCGCGUCGCUGGGCCGCGUGCCCAUCUGGCCCUACACGCUGUUCUUCCGCAUGCCGCACCGCUGCAACGGCAACGCGCACAACUGCCCCAGCCGCAGCCACCCGGUGUGGGAGAUGGUGAUGAACGAGCUGGACCGCCGCGACGACCCCACCUUCGACGAGUCGCUGCCCGGCUGCCACAUGGUGGACUCGUGCUCCAACAUCCAGACCGGCGAGCAGUUCGCGCGCCUGCUGCGCCACAACUUCAACCGCCACUUCAACAGCAACCGCGCGCCGCUGGGCCUGCACUUCCACGCGUCCUGGCUCAAGAGCAAGAAGGAGUUCAAGGAGGAGCUCAUCAAGUUCAUCGAGGAGAUGCUGGCCCGCAACGAGGUGUACUUCGUCACCAUGCUGCAGGUGAUCCAGUGGAUGCAGAACCCCGCCGAGCUGACGGCGCUCAGGGACUUCCAGGAGUGGAAGGAGAAGUGCGACAUCAAGGGCCAGCCCUACUGCUCGCUGCCCAACGCGUGCCCCCUGACGACGAGGGAGCUGCCCGGGGAGACCCUGCGACUCUUCACGUGCAUGGAGUGCCCCAACAACUACCCCUGGAUCCUGGACCCCACCGGCGACGGCUUCUCCGUCAAGUAGGCGCGCCCCCCAGCGGGGACCCCAGGGGACACUUGUCCAGCGCACACGGCCAUGAGCCCACAGAACACACUCACACGUGGCUUCCACCACAGAGCCUGCUGGUCGAGCAUCCCGCGAGGUGACACGGUGCCGCUCGGAGGCAACACACAAGCUGGUACCGAGUGGUGAAAAUGUAAUGUUCAAACUAGGGAGGAUAUCCAACAUCUACACAGCUGAAAGGGCAACCUAGAAUUCAUUAUAAAAAAAAGAACUAAUCGGCUCACGCGAGUAAAAAUCCACCCUCUUCCUCUCAAAUUGUCAAAAUAUUGACACAAAUUCUGGCUACUUAACUAACGCAAGUACCUGUCCAUUGUGUUAAGCGUGAAAUCCUUUAAGGCUGAGGCGCUUCAGUUCCUGUGCAUACUUAAAUUCUUGUUAAUUUUUUAAUACAUCACGUAGAUAGAGAAUUUUAUUUUAAGUACUCUCCAACAAAAAAAAAACAUUCGCGUUUAAAGAUCUUUCGGCAUACAUCCAAUUGCAAAUUAAAAAAAAAAGUAAUAUCUAGCUCCAAGUGGCCCUAAAAUGGUGUUCGGACAUCCAGAAUGUACGGCAAGAGUGCAUACUUCACCCUUGUGACGGCAAGGACUCUAUAAAAGCAACUCCGCGCAAGAUAAGUACUGACGUGCCUUCACAACGCAAGUAUCUGCCAGGUUCCUUCUGCAAGGACCUGUUGCUUGCGUGGACUUCCUGUGGCGGUGGAGUGAAGAAGCCCACACGGGCUGGACACUCUGCAGCCAGGGCGUAAAUUAAGUUUUUAUUGUAUUUUUAUGUUGAAAUGUAAUAAACUGUGUUCUUAUAAAA